AGCAUAAACUAGCUGGUAAGGGCUUAUCAGCACGACUGACUGAACCGAAUCCAUUCGUCUCCACACUCGACUCUCGGCUGCGUCAUCAAUUUGGGCACCAGGCGUGUGUCUGUAGCCUCUCCGGUUCAAAGAGGAAGGAAGAUGGCGGACAACAAAGGCGAAGAGGAUAUGGAGAGCGCUUCCAAAUUAAAUUCAGAACCACGAGGAGAGGAUAGCGAGGACCCCGAAUUGAAAGAUGUGAAUUCGGUGAUUGUCAUAGAGCCCGAUUCGAAAGAAGGAGAUGAUUUACUAUCCCAAGAGAAUAUUUCUCAGAUGCCUACACCCGCUAACGUUGGUGGAGGAGGGGACGCAAGCAGCAACAGCGCGGGCGCAGGGGGGGCAGGCAGCACAAGCAGUAGCCCAGUUGGGAACACCAAUGGGGGUACAACUGAGUCCUCGGGUGCUGGGGACAUUGCUGGAACCUCACCAACAUUCACAACCGAAAUGUCCCCACCGCCGACGGUUCCACCAGCCAACCCCGUCACCCCAAUAAACCUUAUGGAUACGUGCGCUGUGUGUAAACAAAGUCUCCAGACCCGUGACUGUGAACCCAAACUAUUACCGUGUCUUCACUCAUUUUGCUUGAAAUGUAUCCCCCAGCCAGAGCGACAAGUUACCGUACAGGUGCCCGGGCCGAACGGACAGCCAGACACCCACAUAGUGAAUGUGAUGCGGUGCAUAGUUUGUUGUCAAGACUGCAAACAGAGCGACAUCAUUGACAACUACUUUGUCAAGGACACUACCGAGGCCUCCAACACUUCAGAUGAAAAAUCUGCACUGAUGUGCACCAGUUGUGAGGACAACGCAGAUACCAUAGGCUUCUGUGCAGAAUGUGGAGAGUGGUUGUGCAAGACCUGCAUCGAGGCUCACCAGAGGGUCAAAAUCACCAAGGACCACAAGAUCCGCAAGAAAGAGGACGUCUCUGAGGAGUCUGUAAGUGCGUCGGGUCAGAGACCUGUGUUCUGUCCCGUCCACAAACAGGAGCCCCUGAAACUCUUUUGUGAAACCUGUGACACACUCACCUGUCGGGACUGCCAACUUCUGGAGCACAAGGAGCACAGGUACCAAUUUCUGGAGGAGGCCUUCCAGAACCAGAAAGGCUUCAUUGAGACACACAUGGCCAAAUUGCAGGAGAAAAAGACCUAUGUCCACUACUCUCACGCUCACGUGACAAGCAGGCUAAAGGAAGUUACUGAGACCCAUAGGAAGGUGGAGCAUGAGAUCAAGAUAGCUGUGUUUACUCUUAUCAAUGAAAUCAACAAGAAGGGCAAGUGUUUACUGCAGCAACUUGAGAGUGUGACUAAGGAGAGGAGCAUGAAGCUGUUUUCCCAGCAGACAGACAUCGCCAACCUGGCCAGGCAGAUCCUCCACGUGCUCAACUUUACCCACUCUGCCAUUAACAGCGGCAGCAGCACCGCCCUGCUUUACAGCAAGAGGCUGAUCAUCUACCAGCUGCGCAAGGUUCUGAAGGCUGGACUGGAACCAGUGCCUCAAGCUAAUGGUUCUGUUCGCUUUUUCUGUGACCCCACAUUCUGGGCUAAGAAUGUGGUCAACCUAGUAGGGAACCUGGUGAUUGAGAAGAUGCCCCAAGCUCAGCACCCUCCCAACAUUAUGGUGGGGCCCAUCUCCCCGGGCCAUGGCCACCCAGGCCACGGAAAACACCCAGGGCAGAUCAACCUUGCUCAGCUCCGGCUGCAGCACAUGCAGCAGCAAGCCUUCGCCCAGCAGAAACAACAGCAGCAGCAGCACCAACAACCACACCAGCAACAACAGCAGCACCAACAGAGGAUUCAGGAGCAGAUGCGUAUUGCUUCCCAAAUGUCCCAGCAGCACCCUAGGCAGGGUGGACCUCCGAUGGUACAGCAACAGCCCCCGCGCCUCAUCAGCAUGCAGGCCCAGCAGAGGGGCCCCAUGAACGGCGGUCCCCUCAUGUACCCCCCCCACCACAUGCGCCUGGCCCCGGGACAGGGCCGCAUGCCCAGCCCCAGCGCCCAGCCACGCAUGCCCAAUGGCCAGCAGUACCCCCCCAUGAUGCAGCCCCAGCUGCAGAGACAGCUGACUAUAGAUUCUGAGAUGAGCCACCACAGGUUUCGUUUGUUACAUCUAACAGGGCAUUCUAACCCAGGUCAUGCUGGACCCUUCCCAGUGGCCUCUCUCCACAACGUGAGCGCUGCCAACCCCACCAGUCCCACCAGUGCCAGCAUGGCUAGUGCCCAUGCCCACCGUGGCCCCGCCAGCCCCAUAGUGGGCGCCAUUGAGCUCAUACCCUCUGUCACCAACCCAGAGAACCUGCCCUGCCUACCAGACAUCCCUCCCAUUCAGCUGGAAGACGCAGGCUCCAGCAGUCUGGACGCCCUCCUGAGUCGCUGGAUCUCAGCCAGCACAUACCCUCAGCUGGGCUUGUGGCCCCCUGUGGACAUGAACCCCUCCCCGGGACUCUCCACACACUCACCUGGCUCCUCAGGCUUAUCAAACUCCCACACGCCCGUGCGGCCAUCCAGUACUUCCAGCACAGGAAGCAGGGGCAGCUGUGGCUCUGCGGGGAGGCCAGUGCCAGCGAGCGCCCCAAUGGAACAGCAGGUCAAAGUCAAGCAGGAGCCCGGAAUUGAGAAGGGCUGUGGCUUCUCUGGAACCACCACCUCCAACGUCAAAACGGAACGAGUGAAGGAUGGGGGGAGGAGCGCGUGCAUGAUGAGUAGUCCAGAGAUCAGCCGGACUCCCCCUCUCCCCGUGCUGGGCUCUGUGGCUUCCGCCUCCUCUGUCCAGGACGCCCUCAAGAAGUUGGGGGAGCACGUCAAAACUGAGCCCCAGGACCAGGAAGCCUGCAGCGGGGCCAACGGGCCUAGCAAAGCCCCUAGCACCAGCCCAUCCACUAAGGCCUCAGAUGCCCCGCUGACCAACAGCAAGGGAGCCGGGCCUGCUACCCUGCGAACUCCACGCACUGCAAUGGGGACCAACCAGAGCGGGGCGGGAGGGAAGGAUGAUGACCCCAACGAGGACUGGUGCGCCGUGUGCAACAAUGGGGGAGAGCUGCUUUGCUGUGACCGCUGCCCCAAAGUCUUCCACAUCACCUGUCACAUCCCCACCUUGAAGUGCUCCCCGAGUGGAGAGUGGAUGUGCACGUUCUGCCGGAGCCUGGCCAGCCCGGAGAUGGAGUACGAGCCUGACGACGAGCCUCGUGGCGAGAAAGACACCAAUGAGCAGGGCCUGAGUCCUGAGGACCAGAGGAGGUGUGAGCGUCUCCUGCUGAACGUUUUCUGCCAUGAGCUCAGCGAGGGGUUCCAGGAGCCUGUCCCUCCCUCUAUCCCUAAUUACUACAAAAUCAUCAAGAAGCCCAUGGACUUGACGCUGGUGAAACAGAAGCUACAGUUGAAGCACGUCCAGCACUACCAGAGCCCCAUAGAGUUUGUCUCGGACGUGCGCCUGGUCUUCAGCAACUGUGCCAAAUACAACGAGGAAUACGCCAGGACCCACAGCAAGGCCAUGGCUGCUGUUCAGAAUUCAACAGGCAGAAGCAGCCAGAUGUCUCGAAUAAUCCAGGUAUAUGAUGAGGAGAAACAGAGUAAUGUGCAGGCGGACUCGGAGGUGGCGCAGGCAGGGAAAGCCGUGAGUUUGUACUUUGAAGAGAGGCUGCUGGAGCUAUACCCAGACGAAAGUUUCCCUGAGGUACCAGAGGAGCCUGAGGCCCCUGUUGGAGAGGGAGAGGAGGCAGAUCUCACAGAAGACUCAGAGGAUGAGUUUGUGCAGCCUAAACGCAAGCGGUUAAAAACAGAUGAAAAGAUGCUUCACAUCAAGUGAGAAUCAGUGUUAAAAAAGGAAAAGAAAAGGUCAAGAGAAGUGAAAGGAUUUUGUCUUCCUCAUCUGAAAUGCAAGACCUAUUGUACACAUUUACGAGUUUUUCAUUUUUGCCUCUUUUACUUAUUGUAAAAUAGAAAUUAAAUUCGUCUGUAUCUGGCAAACUGGACUUUUUAAAGACAUAUUGGAAGUUCCACGCCUUCAUUUCUUUUGUGGGAAUUUAUGGAUGUUCAAGAAAAUGCUUGUACAGAUUUGAAAGUAUGUUUUGUUUGCGGUAGUCUUUUUUUUCUAUUAUCAUUUAUGAUAAUAUUUGUGAAACAUGCUUUAUAAAAUAUCCAAAACUCCCAUUUCCACUAUUAAUCUUAAUGUACUAUAAAGUUUGACAUUAAUUACCUAACAAGUAUUUGUAUUGUGUUUGAAAUAUUUUACCGGCUGUAAAUAAGAAAAACCAAAUGAGGAAAAACCAGUGGAUUGUUUGGUCUUUCACCAAUAAAUAAAAUAUGUUCAAAUAUUUACUGUCAA